AUCCUCAAUUUUUUACUAUUUAUAUAAGUUCACACCCUUUGGAAAGACAUUACGUAAAGGAAAAGGGGAAAAUAUAGUGAAUAUUGACGAAGAAGAACAUAAUGAUUUAUUAUAUACAGAGGACACUGAACAAACACCAUUCAAAAAGAGGGAUUACCAUAUAGCGUAUCAUAUUUUUAGUGAUACUUAA